UGGGCGGAGUCAGGGGCCUGGUGACUGAAGCCAAUGGAGACUGAGCGGCGGUGGUGGUGGUGGUGGUGAUUGUUGUUGAGCCAUGAGUAAAAAGAAUCGGGUGUCCUAUGUGAAGCCUGCUGAGCCCGCCUUCCUGGUAAAGUUUAAGAAAGAUGUUGGUUACAGAGAAGGCCCAACAGUAGAUACUAAGCGUCAGGAACUUCCUACUGUAGCAGAUGACAGUGAUGGCAGUGACAAGGAGGAUGAACAGCCACAAGUGGUAGUGCUUAAGAAAGGGGACCUUUCAGUGGAGGAUGUUAUGAAGAUUAAACAAGAAAUUAAAGGAAGUGAAAAAGAUGAUGAUCCAGUCCCUGCUGAUGGUAAGAUCCUGUUCAGAAAGCCAGUUAAACGCACCACUGAUAACAGAUUUUCAGGUCUUAACGCAACUUCAAGCAAAAAGAAGAAGCCGGAAGAAAACCAGGAGUCCUUGUCCAGCAAACCCAGCCAGAAACAAGUUCGAAAUAGCAGUUUACUGUCUUUUGAUGACGAAGAAGAAGAUUAGACCUUGAGAUUUUAGGGUGGAUUUUUUUAUUUUUCA